UGUUAUACUUAAUGACGUCAUAUUCAAAGGCCCUCCCAUUCAGCGGUGACUCGAAAGAUUUCAAUCGUAGACAGCUGACACCAAAUACCUUUUCCAGAAGGUUUCGCUAUGGAGAAUAAUUGUACAAGAUACAAUGUACAGUUAUAUGUUUACGAUCUGUCAAGAGGUAUGGCACGCAACCUCAGUCCUAUCAUGCUGGGAAAACAACUGGAUGGAAUAUGGCACACAGCCAUAGUGGCAUAUGGGGAUGAGUUCUUUUUUGGAGGUGAAGGAAUUUCCAGCUGUCCACCUGGUGGAACAAUGCUGGGACCUCCAGACACAGUUGUGGAACUCGGUGAGACCGAAGUUUCAGAGGAGAUCUUCAUGGAAUAUCUCUCGUCUUUGGGAGAAAGCACUUACAGAGGUGACAGGUAUCGACUGUUUGAGCACAAUUGCAACACGUUCACCAACGAGGUUGCUCAGUUCCUAACGGGCACGCCCAUCCCCUCCUACAUCACCGACCUCCCGUCCGAAGUCCUCUCCACACCGUUUGGCCAGAUAUUGCGCCCCAUUCUGGACUCCAUCCACAUCGCCCCCCCUGGCGGCAACGUCAUCAACGGCGGGAGAAACAUCUAAACUGAAGGAGCAACGCACAUAGUCUCACUUUCUUGGAGUCAGUCAGCAAGGAGUCACCGAUUUCAAUUUUCAUAGAUUUUUUUCUUUUUUCCUCCAACAAGCAUCGCUUGCCGUAUGUUUUUAGAAAACAAGACAAUAUUAAGCCUUUAAAGGUAACAAGAUUGAUUCAGUUAACUUUGCAACUACCAAAACUUUAGCUAGACUGGCGUCAUCUAAUCAUAGCCAAAAUGAGAGUUGAUUUAAACAAUUUGCACUAUUAUUAUAAUGAUUGGUGCACCAAGCUAGCGUAGUCCCAUUUGGACUCAAGUACACGGUGACAGACUCCUGCUGCUGACUUCAAUGGAGCACAUUCUUUCAGACAUCUUUAAUAUAUUGUUUUAGGAUCACAAAUUUGAAAUCUUAUAUCCAUAUUUUUUGUCAACCGAUUUAAAUAUCUCAUUUUGCUUUCGGUAAUUCUCCAUCACAGAUCCUUUUGUAGUGUUUGAUUCAACCCGCCUUCCUACCAGAUGCUAUCGUUCAGUUUGUUACGCUGUUGUUUACAAUGUUAGCAUAUGAUUGGACCCGCUGCAGUUUUGGAACCGGUAAAAACAACUCACGCUGAAGACCUUUUUGUGGUGCAGUAGUUAGUGGAAUCAAAACCCUUUCGUCCUACACCAGAGUGUGUGUGCAAGCGUGUUUGGUACUCCAAAUCUGUGCCUUCAUUUCCUCUCUGUUUUGCUGAAGAACUUGACAUUUCUAAUCACCUUUUAUUGUUGGAUGCGUAAAAACUUUGGAGAUGUUGGGGACCAGUGUCAACUGUGGAUUUCUUGAUACGCAUCUGUAGGAAAACAGCAACACUAAUGUUAGUGCCCGGUUAUCUGAUGCCGCCAGAGAAUUUGAGAGAAUGCGUAAUUUGCAGAGAACAAAUUUUAUAAGUUAUGAGGCGAAUGUGAGGUCAUUGUGGAAGCAAAGUUGAGAACGAAAGGACAGGAACACAAGACUGAUUCAACCAGCAUUAACCCGCUUGAAGAACUUGUGAAAACUCACUUUGCCUUGGUGCCAGCCAUUUUGCAACCUCGACCCGUAUUUUUGCCUAGUCACGCAAAUCCUUUCUAAACAUUUUAUUGUGAACGACUACCCAAGUAACUGACAUAGUCUGACCACUGAAUUGUAUUCAUGAACAACUCUUUGUUUUUGUUAUUGUAUCUUAUCCUUAUAAACCACCACUAUUUAUAGUUAGACAUCUCUCCUACAUUAAUGCGUAUUGUUGCUAUUGUUUGUGAUUGUUUUUGUUACAUGUCCUACUCAUAAAGCCAUUGUCUAUUCUUGG